UUUUUAUUAUGCAUUAAUUAGAUACAUUGUCCAUAACAUAUUUAUUUAAAGUUACUUAUCUUUGAAAAGGUUAUUCAAGAAAAGUUAGGCAGUCAGUCAGAGUCAGAGGGAACAGAGCAGGUAGCUAAAGUCAGGUCUCCAUUAGAGGACUUCAGAGGAAAACAUAAGAACAGGCCUCAUAGCAUUCAUCCUGCAGUGAGAGAGGGGAUAAGAGAGCAUAUUUUGAGCUUCCCACGCCAACCGAACCACUACUCACGGAUGAAGGGAGAUGUGGAGAGGGAAUACCUGAGCCCUGAUUUAAACCUGCUCCGCAUGUUCCGCCUGUACAAGGAAAAGAAUCCAACAUCCACUGCAAAGUUCUGGCUCUAUAGGGACAUCUUCAAGCAGCAGAACCUCAGUUUUGGGCAGCCAAGAAGUGACACUUGUGCUAAAUGUGAUGCCCUGUUCUCAAAAUUAACAGCUGCUACAUCAGAUGGAGAAAGGUUGAAGAUCGCAGCCGAGAGUGAGCUUCACCACCGGAAAGCUGAAAAAGCGUACACACAGUUGCAGGCUGACACAGAGUGGGCCAAAGCCAAUGAUGACUGCCAUGUCAUUUGUAUCGACAUGCAGGGGGUAGUGUUCACACCAAACCUGACACACUCCAACGUGUACUAUCAACGACAGCUGGCCAACUACAACCUCUGUAUCCAGGAGAUGGGCACUGAUGAUCCUCCUACAAUGUGCCUUUGGCAUGAGGGCAUCGCUCACAGAGGUUCCAUCGAGGUGGCAAGCUGCCUUUUAAAGUGGGCAGAAACCUCUUUCACCCCCCUAGUCCAGGCAAAGGAACGGAAGUUCAUCGUCUAUAGUGACCGAUGCUGUGGGCAAAACAAUAACUGGCGAGUGCUAAACCUGAUGGCCCUGCUUGUAUCUAGAGGCUACUUCAGUCAGAUGGAGCAGAAGUUCGUGGUGUCUGGUCACUCCUUCCUUCCCUGUGACCGUUCCUUUGCCACGUUGGACAAGAGGCGCAAGGCUGCUCCCUGA